GUUGUUGUAUCGACCCAAGCCCACAAAGCGGGAUGUGUAUCCUCAAGUUAAGUACAUCGCUUCAAAGAGAUUCCUACCAUUUGUGGCGUCCGAGAGCGUUUUGCAAGGUUUUGUUAACGCUUGCACUACCGAGCUGCCACUGUCAGCCAUUCUACCAGCAUCAAUUAGGGAAGAGAUGGAUAUUAUUUCCCAUGACGCAAUCAACAUGAAUUGUGAUAACAAGAGAGUGCUGAUAAGCAGUCUGGUAAAAAGUUAUACUUGCUACAAUAUUUCUGAGUGCACAAAACGAAAGGUAUUCAAAGGAAUUUCUGGGGCUUGGCAUCCCUUACCCCACCAUUUUGGCCGGAAGGUGUACCAUUCCGAAGCCCAAACACCUGCCGAAACCAACCAGGUCGUGGUCUAAAGAAUGAAAAAAUGAAGAGGGUGCUUCAAUCUUACAUUCAGUGGCGAGAAGACGAGGACGAAAUGGACAUGACUGAGACAAUGACGACGGCAAACGACAUGAAUGGGACUGCGACUAUGACGACGACAAACGACACGAAUGGGACUGCGACUAUGACGACGGCAAACGACACGAACGUGACUGCGACUAUGACGACGGCAAACGACACGAAUGGGACUGCGACUAUGACGACGGAAAACGACACGAACGUGACUACGACUAUGACGACGGCAAACGACAGGAACGUGACUGCGAUGAUGACGACGCCAUAAAACACCGACAUGACUGAGAUGAUCACGACGACAUGCGACACGGUCACGACUGAAACGAUGGCGACAACAUAUGACACGGACAAGAAUGAGACGAUGACGACGACUAACGACAUGGACACGACUGAGACGAUUGCGACGACAUAUGACAAUGACAAGACUGAGACCAGGGCGACGACAUUCGACAAUGACACGACGGAGACGACGGCAACGACAUACGACACGGACACGACUAAGAAGAUAACGAUGAUAUACGACACGGUCAAGAUUGAGACGAUGACGACGACAUACGACACGGACAUGACUGAGAAGACGACAUACGACACGGGCACUACUGAGACGAUGACGACGACGACAAACGACACUGAAAAGACGACGAUAUACGACACCUACAGGAAAGAGACGAUGACAAAGACAUACGACACGGACAAUACCAAAUUGACAGGAGAGGAAAAUCCCGUUGAAAGACUUGAAAGAAUUCUACACGGAAUAGCGGAUGUAGACAUAUCGAGAGAGGCCAAAAACAAAAGAUUCCAGAUCGGAAAUGAAGUGCUUGGGAUGUCUGAUAUGAAAACGUUGCAUAACCCAAAAUGGAUAAACGAUAAGAUCAUUAACGCUUACCUCCAUCAUUUAGCUAUGGUGCAUAACGCAACAUCUGGUCAUAAGGUAUUAGCGUUACCCAGCUACCUGAUGACGAUGUGGAUGGCGGGUAAUAUGGAUACAUGGAGGUUCCGGAAGAUCAAGUUCCAGAAUUACAAAUGGGUUUUUCUGCCAGUGAAUAUAAACGACAACCACUGGGUGUUAAUGGUGGCAGACCUUGACACAAGAACCUUGUCCAUACUGGACUCACUAGGAUGGAAGAACCGUCUUCUUCCAGGCUUUUGGUUGAAGUUCGCCAAGCGCCGAGAUCAGGCCAUUCCAGAUGACCUGCCACUCGAGUGGUUAACGGGGAGCCCGGUGUCCGCUCGGCAGCGCGACAGCAGCGCUUGUGGCGCUUUUGUUAUGCUGAACGCCUUAGCAAUCACAGAAGGCGUCCAACCCCAUAUGUUGGGCCACCAUCAUGCGUUGGCCAUGCGGAAGUACGUAAUGCAUGCCAUUUGUACUGCCAGCCAGAGCCCCGAUGACCCUGACCGCAUGUGUGAUGCGUUGCCGUGCACGCAGCCAAAGGGGGCGUGCACGUGGAUAAACUGCGAUGUGUGUGGUUGUUGGGUACAUUGUAACUGUGUUAACAUAAGCGACCCUAAAAGCAUAAAAGACUACGUAUGUGUAAUCUGCGCCGCAAUCUAUACAUGACACUGAACUGAAGUGGAUUUUUUUUGCGUCACAACUUUAAAUGCAUUUUAAGCUCAUCUAUUUUUUGAAAAAAAAAUUAUGAGCUAUUGUCAUCACCUUGGCGUCGGCGUUGGCGUCGGCGUCUGGUUAAGUUUUGCGUUUAGGUCCGCAUAUCUCAGAAAGUAUAAAUUCUAUUGCAUUCAAACUUGGUACACUUACUUACUAUCAUGAGGGGACUGGGCAGGCAAAGUUAGAUAACUCUGGCGUGCAUUUUGACAGAAUUAUGUGCCCUUUUUAUACUUAGAAAAUUGAAACUUUUGGUUAAGUUUUGUGUUUAGGUCCAUUUUAUUCCUUAAGUAUCAAAUCUAUUGCUUUCAUACUUGCAACACUUACUAACUAUCAUAAGGGAAAUGUGCAGGCAAAGUUAUGUAACUCUGACUGGCAUUUUGAAAGAAUUAUGUGCCCUUUUUAUACUUAGAAAAUUGAAAAUUUGGUUAAGUUUUGUGUUUAGGUCAACUUUAUUCCUACAGUAUCAAAGCUAUUGCUUUCAUUCUUGCAACACUUAUUAACUAUCAUAAGGGGACUUUGCAGGCAAAGUUAUAUAACUCUGACUGGCAUUUGGACGGAUUUAUGGGCACUUUAUACUUAGAAAAUUGAAAAUUUUGUUAAGUUUUGUGUUUUGGUCCACUUUACCCCUAAAGUAUCAUAGAUAUUGCUUUCAUCCUUUGAACACUCGCAAACUAUCAUAAGGGUACAGUAAAAGGACAAGUUGCAUAACUCUGGUUGUCAUUUUUACGGAAUUGUGGCCCUUUUUUGACUAAGUAACUUUGAAUAUAUGGUUAAAUUUUGUGUUUCGAUCCACUUUACUUCUAAAGUAUCACGGCUAUUG